AUGGGCCGACUAAAGAAAAAGGGCGAGGCGGGCGCGGCCAAAAACUACAUCACGCGCACGCAGGCGGUGCGCAAGCUCCAGAUCAGCCUCCCCGACUUCCGCAAACUCUGCAUCUGGAAGGGCAUCUACCCGCGCGAGCCCCGGAACCGCAGAAAGGCCAGCAAGUCGGCCACGGCCUCGACCACCUUCUACUAUGCCAAGGACAUCCAGUACCUGCUGCACGAGCCGCUGCUGGCCCGCUUCCGCGACCAGAAGGCGCUCGAGAAGAAGAUCUCGCGCGCCCUCGGCCGCGGCGACGUCUCGGACGCCAAGCGCCUCGGGGGCAACGCCGCCCGCCCCGAUAAGACGGGCCGCCCCGCCUACACGCUCGACCACGUCAUCCGCGAGCGCUACCCGACCUUUGUCGACGCCCUCCGUGACCUGGACGACUGCCUGUCCAUGCUCUUCCUCUUCGCCAACCUGCCCUCCACCUCGUCCGUGCCCGCAAAGAUGAUCGCCCGCUGCGAGAGGCUGUGCCUCGAGUUCCAGCACUACCUCAUCGUCUCCCACAGCCUGCAAAAGUCCUUCCUCUCCAUCAAGGGCAUCUACUACCAGGCCAGCAUCCAGGGCGAGGACGUCCUGUGGCUGGUGCCCUACAAGUUCAACCAACGCGUCUUGGGCGACAUCGACUUUAGGAUCAUGGGCACCUUUGUCGAGUUCUACAUGACCCUGCUCGGCUUCGUCAACUUUAGGUUGUACACCUCGCUCGGCCUCAAGUACCCACCGAAGUUCGACCCGACCAAGGACGACAUGUCGGCCGAACUGGCCGCAUUCACACUGGAGGGCGCCGGCCUGGCAUCCAAGUCUGCACUGCCGGCAGCCGCCGCCGCCGCCGCCGCCGCCUCUGACGCCGCCCCCGACCCCAAGCUCCAGGCCAAGGUCAACAAGCUCGUCAAGGAGCUGAAGAAUGGGGAGGACGACGGCGACAAGCCUAAGGCUAUCACUGAUGGCGAAGAAGAGGCCGAGAACGAGCAGUCGACCGAAAUCGACAAAUUCGAGCCGGCUGCCCCGGGCGGCGACGUCCUUCUUCAGCCGUCCUACAGCACUUCGGACCCGUCGGCCCUGUUUGCCAACUGCACCAUCUUCCUCUCGCGCGAGACGCCGCGGCAGGCGCUCGAGUUCAUCCUGCGCGCCUUUGGCUGCAAGCGCAUCGGCUGGGACCAAGUUCUCGGCGACGGCGCCUUCACCACGAACGAGCUGGACCCGUCAAUCACGCACCAGAUUGUCGACCGGCCCAUCGUGGAAGCGGCCCAGAGCGAGGGCUCCGAAGACCAGGAAAUGGGCGAGGACAACCAGACUUCCCAAAAGGUUGGUCCGAACCGAAGGGUGCCGGGCAGGAUAUAUGUCCAGCCUCAGUGGGUCUGGGACAGCAUCAACGAGGAGGAGCUUAAGGAGCCAAAUCAGUACGCCCCCGGCGCCCAGCUGCCGCCACAUCUGAGCCCCUUUGUCAAGGCCCGUGCAGGCCAGUACGAUCCCACCGUCCCACUCGAGGAGCAGCAGACCGAGGCCGAGGCGCUCCAGGACAGUGACGUCGAGGGCGAGGAAGAGGACGAGGAGGCCGACGAGGCGUCAGAGGUCGAGGAUGACCUCGCGGUCAAGGCUAUCGAAGAUGGUGAGAUGGCUGUCGCUGGCUCCUCAGACGAAGAAGACGAAGAGGAGGACGACGACGGCUUUGGUGGCUUCUCCGACGCCGAGGGAGCUGAGGAGGACGAAGAGGACGAGGAAGAGACGUCGGCGGCUUUGCAGCGCCAGCUGGAGCUGGAGGCCGAGUUCUCUGGAAAGUCGGUCAAGUCCAACGGCGCCAAAACGGCGGACCCCCAGGCCAAAGCCAAGCAGCAGGCGCGCAAGGCGCUCAGCCAGCGGGCCAAGGAGGAGGCCGAGGACCUGGAGCGGGCCAAGGGAAUGAUGAGCAAGAAGAAGCGGAAGCUCUACGAGCAGAUGGUGUACAGCAACAACAAGAAGGACGCCGAGUCGGAGAAGCUUAGGCAGAAGAGGAGGCGAAUCGAAAAGGAGAAGGCCAAACAGGCCAGGCCGUAG